AUGUAAAUAUAAAUGUACCCAUUGUAUACAAGGUUGUAUGUCCUCACACCACAACCUUCCCCAGAGAGAGCGGAGGUGAUCAACAACAUUAGCAAAUAUGACAGCGGAGAAGGAGACUCGACGAUCUCAUCAGGUUUUAAUGAAGGGAGACCUCGUGAAACUCGGCUCAGGGAUCUUCAGUGGGUGGCAAAAGAGAUUCUUUGUUUUAUUUGCUGAUGGCCGCCUCUGCUACUUCAAGAAGUUAUCAGAUUUUGAAGCAGGAGAGGAGGCCAAUGCUGAAAUCAACCUCAAAUACUACAAUGCCGUGUCUGAUAUCACUGUACUCGAGUCCAAUAGGAAGAAUGUAUUCAAGUUGACCCCCAAACCCAUGGACUUCAAUUACUCGGACAUCAGGGAAUUCCACUUUGCAGCGGAGACUGUGACAGACAUGGACAUGUGGAUAGGCUCGAUGUAUCUAAUGAUUGAGAAAUAUCAAGACUUAAAGCUAAAGAUAAACAAGACCGGACAAGUCACUGCCGAAUCCUUCGACAGCGUAGAGAUAGUCGGGGCAUAAGGAGCCCACAUACACACACUUACAGACAUACAUAUAUACAUACAUAUGUAUUUUAUUCACUGCCAAGCCACCUCGUAAUCAGCUCUGGAUUGUAUCCGUGCCGUUCUCUAAAGGAUGGCGUGAUUUGCGCACUCACAGUCGUGCAACUUGCCUUCAACGAAUGGAUCUGAUUUUAGGACCCAAAUAUAAUAUGUGAUAUCGUAAUGUCGAUCAAACGAAGCUAUACAAGACGGUCGGCCUCGAAAAGAGUCGCCGCAAACCGGUUUAAAACAAUAAAGCCACAGCCAUGCAUGAUAUGAAAGUGA